AUGCUAAAAAAUCCGUGCAAGACCGAAGUUAGCGUACCUGGUAUGGCUCUCAGAGGAUUCGUCUUUAAAAAGGUCCCAGUAACAGCUCCUCAUGUGUGCGAUAUCACCUGCGAGAGGGAAACGAUAUGUCAAAGCUACAAUUAUGUAAUUGGGGAAAAGUCCUGUGAACUUAACACCCGGACCAAGGAAGCAAGGCCCGAGAAUUUCCAGCCAGACGAUUUACGCUUUUACAUGGGACGCAUUAGUGGUAGAAGUAUGUAUCCGGUUUAGUUUAUUUUACAUACAAAUCUUUCUCAGUGAGUUCCUAGUAAGACCUCGCUACUUUCCGAGAGCUAGUGUCCGAUUGCUUUGUUAUUAAAUAGGGUCAGUGUCUUAAAGCAAAAUUCGCCUUCCAUAGUACAUUGAUAUCAGCUAAACUUCUCAGCUCUUAAUCAUUGUUAUUCCAUGUUUAGCCCAGAGAAAUAUAUUUUCAGAUCUAAUCUGUUUUGCAACUUCUAUUACCCUUAAACCAUUAAUGAAGUCAUGUCUAUAUUUUAGCCCCCUUAGGAUCUAUUCCUGAAUUACCAGCGCUGUCGUGCCAAGAGAUAAAAUUAAGUGAAGGUAAAGACAGCAUCAGUAAAAUUACUGGUUGGAUCCAAUUAAUGUCAGGGAGCUCAAAGUUGGUUUACUGCGACAUGAUUUUGGAAGGUAAGUCAAUAUACCAAGAACAGAAUUUACACAACGUUUGGUCUACCUUUGCCCUGGCCUUUUGUGAAAUGUUUUCACCUUGUCUCAGUGAUUUCUUCGAUUAAUUUUCAAAUAGACAUCGAUGAAUGUAAAGGCAGCAAUAAAGUUUGUGACAAAAAUGCAAACUGCUCCAAUACUGUUGGGUUUUAUAAUUGCACCUGCAAAGAAGGAUUUACUGGGGAUGGACGCUCGUGCUCA